CUAAAUGACAUUGGCAGUGAUACGCCAGAUCUGCACCUUGGCUGCGGGCAGAAGCUCACCUCAUAAUCAACGAUAUAGCGCUCGAAUUGCCCGUCGCGUUGCUGUGAUCCGAUCCGCCAUGCUUUGAUCCUAUUUUCGUUGCUGUCACGGUACUUAACGUCAGGCUGGCUCGCACAGCACACUCGCGCGACGAUGAAGAUCGACUCUUUUUCGCGGUCGCGCGCAUCUAGUUACAUGUCGUGGGCUGGCGCACGCACACAAUCAACUUUGAAGAGGUCAGCGUCGACCGUCAAAACUUCAUGGCUCGAUAGCCAUCAUCAGGCCCGUAGCGAUUUCCGCAUCCGAUCUGGUCGCGGAUGCUUGUGGGUACUGGCAUUCCUCUGGCUCUGUGGUCUUACGACUGGAUUCAUUGUAUUAUGCGUCUGGUCGACCUUGGUCUCUGACUCCUGGAGUUCUUCCGGUUCUCUUUCGGCCUGUCUCCCUGACGACACUUUCAGCCUGCAGCCAGAAGAUUAUCAGUAUUGGUCGAACUCUGGGUUCUUCCAAAUCACUCUGGGAACUGGCGAUCUGACAUUUACGCAAGCCAAAGCUAUUGAUGUCAUUUGGGACAUAGUCGUCGGUCGAGGUGGUCAAGCACUGAUAGCUUUCUUCUCCUGGCAGACAUUUGUGAGAUACGUAACCACGUCGAUGGAAGUACAGCCCGUCACUUUCAAUACAUAUCGCAUGAUCUUCCUUCAGAAUGAGUCGCUCGUCCUGGGGAUUCCACGAAUCAUCCGGGAUUUUAGCAAACGACGUGGUCUGCACUCUCGAUGUGCGAUGGUCUUCAUUAUACUGACUAUGAUGUUCGUUUUGAUUUUUCCUACACUGGGUAGUGCCAUGACUGGUUACAGCGGUAACGUUCUGGCCUAUGUCCCGGACUCGGCCGGAAAUUUCGUUCCGUUCAACAACUUCAGUAUUGUCCUUUACACAGUCCACGAUGGUACAAGAAUCAAUCAGACAGAUGAUUUCCAUGCGACCAUAUACAAAUCGCCCAAUUCGAAUGAUCCGCUACUGACGGAUGUCACUCGGUACACUUACAGAUUUGGAAAAGACGGCGAUUGUCGGGGAUACAUCAAUACUGGGCUCGCAGAAUGUAGUUCGAAUGCGAUGUUGUGGAAUAUAUCGCAAUAUGUCGGCAAUUAUGGAACCGAGCCAAAGCAGGAUCAGUCAUCGACAUUUGGCAACUCCUCUCUGGGUCCACCUACACUAAACAUAACUGCCUACGACGUGCCGAAUGCUUUCUGGGUGAAUCGGGACACCAGACCUACAGGAACCGGCCUUGCAACCACGUUUUUAUCUGAUGGUCAAUUUUAUGACCAACAAGUGAUCACGAGAGAUGCUCAGUGCCAGGCACAGAAGACUUACAGAUGGGGCUUUUCCUUCAUCCAGCUCAAUAUUAUGGUCAUCCUGCUCUGGGUGUGGACCCUUGGCGUUAUGAUCAUGUACAUAUCGUCCAAGAUGACAAGAUUGCAGCGCGGAAGAGAAGACGUGGCAGGCGAGUACAAGGCCGUCUUCGAGCUAUCGGACGCAAUGCAUUCCCAGCUCACCCAUAUCGAGAAAGAGGAAGCGAACGACGUACGGAAUAUGACGGAGUCAGCUUUGCGGCGCCGCAUCACGAAGGAUCUCUACGGCGGCUCUAUCGCGUACGACACAGCGCUCUUACCUGAGAGCACUGAUGGGAAAGAAGGUAAUGAAUGGACUCUGAAGGCCUGGGCAAAGAGGGAAGUGUGGUGGUUGCUUGCACUCACUGUGGCCGUCGUGAUUGACAUCUUCGUCAUUCGCAGUUUUAUCAUGCACCCUGUGCGCAACGAUCUCUGGCUCUUUCCUGCGCUACCGCUUGCCAUAGGCUUUGCGAUGUACGUAGGAUUGACGUGUAAGAGUAGGCUGAUGGUGCUGUUCUGGGCUGCGUUGUGUGUGUGUAUACUGCCAGCGAUCGUACUCUCGGUGACUAUUCAGAUGCUCUCCGGGCACUACUAG